CAAAUUGUUUAGAUCUCUCUAUCUCUAGCAGGAUCAAACAAAAAAAAAAGCAAAAGAUGGGUAAAGCAAGAGGAGUAAAUAAUGGUGUUCAUCAAAGCUCUCUCGGUUAUCUCUUUGGUUCUUCCGGGGAUUCUCCUUCCUCUGCCGCUACAAAAAUGGGGACUACAACCACGACAACCACCACAACUACCACAGACGGAACCGGAAGAAGACCAAUUACGACCACGACCACCACCGUCACUGAUAAUAAUAAUAGAUUUGCUGCAGGUGUUAGAGGAAGUCCUAAUAACUACUUCAGAUCAGAAGGUCAAAACUCUGGAAACUUUCUCACGGAGAGGCCAUCUACUAAGGUUCGUUCAGCUCCUGGUGGAGUAUCAUCUCUUGGCUAUCUCUUUGGAGGACCAAAUGCUUCUGAUCCUGUACAGAAAUGAAAGCUGCUUCCGACAAUCCAAGAUUUUUAAUUAAUCAAAUGUACAUCUUCCAUAAACAUGGUUGUUGUGAUCAUUACGGGUUUCUACUAGAAACCUUAAUUUGAAAAAGAAAAAAACAACAUGUUACCAAUCUAAAUCAAAAAUAA